AUGGCAACCGUUACAGUAGACGAUGAUAAAAAAUUAAAAUCCCGUAGUCUGAGUACGGAAACAAUGGAUGGAAUCCCUGAGUUUGAUGAGGAGCCUGAAACUCAAACUAGGGGUAGAUCGGCUUGGGAUAGUGUAAAGAUCACGAUAACAGCUUUCUUUCUAACUUUCGCCCUUUUGUUAUUAGUAGUGUUGAUUUACGAGAUUCGAGGCCACAAGAAUGAUCAAAGAAAAAGAGAUACGAGAAGAUACGUGAACGAGGAGCUGAAAAAAUUCAGAAUCGAAGAUAAACAGAAACUUAAUAAAAUUAUUGUCGGUCAUUUGGAAAAUUUGGCCCAAGGCACAAGAUUUGACAAAAUAGAACUAACUGCUCCUGAAAAUGUAGAAAACAGACAAUUAAAAAAAGAAUCACCUCUACACUUUGAGAGUAAUGUUAAUUCGUUUACCCUUAGGGAAUCAUCACCUUAUAAGAGUUUCGAUGAGUUGGAAUACAAGAAAGUCUCUUACAAUUGCUACAGAAAGGAUUUGUUCAGACAAAACAUUAACGGGACAGGAACAAACCUUAGAUUCAUAGCAAAAAGUUCCAAAAUUCCGGAGGGUUCCAGUGAAAAUAGCGGCAAAUGUGCGACAAGUUAUUACUGGAUUUACUACACUCCAGAAACUCAAAAGACUAGAAUUUAUUCCAUGGGACCAUACUAUGGUCACCAUGAAGUAAAAAUGGUUGAAUCUAUGUUCACACCUAUUGACAAAGAAGGAAAUUUAACGCUUACCGGGUGUGUGCCUCCAAUUGACAAUAUAAGGAAGGAUUAUGACUGGAACGAGGAAUAUAAGUUUAUAAGAAGAACUGCUUACAUAACUGAAGAGUCCCCAAAGUUUAGGGAUUUUGUUGAGUUCCAAGAAUUUCUUGAUAGAAAAAUAGAGGAGGAAGUAAAAGAGUACGAUGAAAAGAUUAGGAUUUUGAGUCACGAUUCUGAAUCAGUUCAACACUACAGUACACUUAAAGAGGCGACAAACUGUGUUUAUUCAAUUUAA